AUGAGCUGGAUUAGUUUUACUUAUUUGGAAGAAUACCUGAGCUUUGUGGUUCACCCUCUGUGGUUAUUCCUGCUUCCGAUUUUGAUUUAUUCACAUUGGCUAUAUUUUUAUUUUGUUGGCUGUGUUAUCUCAUUUUUGUUCAAUGCUUACAAGAAGAUGAAUAACCUCCAAGGAAAUGAUUUUUAUAGCAAAUUUUGGGACAAGCCAAGGCAUGCUUUGGCUCGAUUUGUAGAGCUAGUUGGAAAGAUAUGGCAUGGUUAUGAAAUUUAUGGCAUGGAACAUCUCCCUACAGGACCAGGGAUUGUUAUUUAUCAUCACUCAAGUAUUCUUGUCGGCUAUCCCUUAUUUGUGACAAAAGUUUUUACAGAGACAGGGAGACUGUGCCAUUCAGUAAUUGAUCGUGCCCUGUAUGGAAUCCCAGGGCUGAAGACGUUUUAUGAUGUUGUCUUAUUGAGAGAUUUCACAAAUGCAGAAUGUGUGGAAAUUCUGAAGAAAGGCCAUUUACUGGGCAUUGCACCUGGUGGAGCUAGAGAAGCAAACUUUAGUAAUGACUACAGCUUAAUAUGGGGUAACCGCACAGGUUUUGCUCGAAUAGCUUUGGAGGCAAAAGUGCCCAUCAUCCCAAUAUUUACACAAAACAGUUGUGAAGCAUACAGGAGCUUGGGAAAGACAAGGCUGACAAAAUGGCUGUAUGAGAAAACUCGACGUGUACUCCUUCCCACUUAUGGAGGACUUCCAGUGAAACUGAGGACAUAUGUUGGAGAACCCAUCCCAUAUGAUCCAAAUAUAACUGCCACAGAGCUGGCUGAAAACGCAAAGACUGCACUUGAAAAUCUUCGGGAUAGACACCAAAAGAGGCCAGGAAAUAUAUUAAGAGCUCUUUUAGAACGAUUUGAUAAGCAUGACAAAGCCGACUAGUCUAUAUAAAAUAAGCUAUAUGUUUGUAAUAGGAAAAAUUAAUAAUUAUGUAAUUAAAGCUAAGUUAACAUG